AUGCAUUGCUCAAUCUUCCUUCUUGUGGCCGCGUUGUCAUCACUUGGAGCUGCCAUCCCAACUCCUGUCGUGGUGCCCAAAGCUUGCUCAACCGCCUUUCCAAUCCUCAUGAAUACAGUCACCAGCUCUCAGCCUGAACGAAGUUCGCAAGGUCUCUCAACUUUCGAGUAUGGAGUGAAGGAAGGGACAUUCUAUCUCCGACAGGAUUCCUUCAACGUUUCCGAUCCGUUCUAUUCGAUCCAAUAUCUCGACUUCGAGAUCCCAACUGGGUCCUACGGCUGCCAACUCCAUGUCACAGAUGCCAAUGGGUCCGUCAGCUACAAAGCCGGCUCCUCGUCCCCGGCGAUCAAGAUCAAGUCGUUUAUCCCCAAUGCUUUCUAUGGCAGCCCCAGCUACAAUGAUGUGGUCAAGGGCGAUAGGAUCUCUUCCUCCUAUUAUGGCGAGCUUCAGGUGUCCACUGGAAUGGGUGCGCGGGUUAUCAACAGUGCAACCUGUCCAGCAAGCAGCAAUGGCCAAGCUGGGCACUUGCAAUUUUUAUUCGAGCUCCGAGAUCAUGAGGAGGGCACAGAUAGUUGGUUCACAAUGACAGAACGCAGUGCUACUCAUGGUACAACCUUGAAUGGAUUCUACAUGACAUACGAUUGUUAG